AUGUCCCUCCUUAUCCCUAGUGAAUGUGACUUUGAAGAUGCACAUGGAAAUCCAAAUGCAGAAAAAAUGUAUGAAGAGAAGCUUCUGCAACUCUCACUUUCUGAACCGGACAGCUUUAAAUGGAAAUUUGAAGUUGUUCCCGGCUUUUUUGUCCAGUCGGAUCCCAAGACAGAUGACUUGAACUUUAGGUAUACUGAGCACAAUUUGGGAAGGUUGCUAUCAUGGAAAGAAAUCAAGCAAAAGUUGGCUGACCUCAAUGCCAACGCGAAUGAUAACGAAUGUUACAAAUUGAUAUUUUGUUGCAGACAUGGCCAAGGCUACCACAACUACAUUGUUGAUAAGUACGGAAUUGACCAAUGGUGGGAGAAAUGGAAUGUCCUUGGCCGCGACGGAGACAUUGUGUAUGGGCCGGAUGCCAUGUUGACGGAAUUGGGUAUAAACCAAGCCAAAGAGAACCAUGCGGUGUGGGAGAAAGAGAUUAAUGAACAUGGAGCUCCAGUUCCAGCAAAGUUCUAUGUCUCUCCUUUGCAGAGGUCGCUGUGGACACUAGUAUACACAUGGGAGGGGCUCCGGCCAUACACGAACAAAGCAAUUGUCACAGAGAAUUUACGAGAAACCAUUGGCCCAAAACCUCUGCGACAAAAGAUCCUCCAAGACCGUUAUUGCCGAAAGGUUUGCAAAAUAUGGCUUUGUAUUUGA